CUGUAAUGUGUUGUGUUUUGUUGUGAACUUGAUGAAGAUGUUUUCUUAACUUGCAUGUGUUUUCUUAACUUGCUGUUCGUUGAGCUCUCAGGGCCACCGUAUGGAUCAGUAACAGGAGACGCUCACAGUCAGGACUCAGUGUUAAAGUGAAGAUGUGGAUCAAUGAUCAUUAUUAACUAAAUACCAACCCAAUAAAAAAUGAAUUGUGAAGGUGACCCAGUUCAUUUUCAUGUGUAUGAACUGGACUGAGAACUGUUUGUUUUCAAGAGUGAACUGGUUCAACAGGGAGGAGGAGCAUGAGAACAGGGAAGUCUCAGACUCUAAUUUCACUGGGAAGAGCAGAAGGAAGAAAGUGAGCAGAUUGAAGAUGAGUGGUUAUGAGGAGGAAGAGGAGGGAGCAGAGUCUCCAGUGUUCAGCUGUUUGUCUCUGAAGAGUGACCAGUCCAUGAGACAUCCUCCAGAGUUCAGUAAUGAACCUGGACCCUCACACACAGAGGAGAGGAAGAGGAGUCAUGUUUCUGAGGAGGAGCAGUCGUCCUGCUGUGCUUCGUGUCAGGACGUCCUGAAGGAUCCAGUCUCCACCAGCUGUGGACACUGGUUCUACCGACAAUGCAUCACCUCACACUGGGACCAGUCUGGUUCUUCAGGAGACUCCUCCUGUCCCCAGUGUGGAAAAAGACCCAGAACAGGAGCUGGAGGUCAGACAGCCGAUCAUGGUCUGCAGGAGGUUGUAGAUGAACAUAAGCUCAGUGUGAGGAGGAGAUGUGAACAUGUGACUGAAGGAAGUGAUGAAACAGGAAGUAAAUCCUUCCUGUACAGGAUCUACACUGAGCUGUAUAUCAGAGAGGGACAGAGUGAAGAGGUUAAUACUCAACAUGAGGUGAGGCAGCUUGAGAAGGCUUCCAAGAUGAAGAGCCUCCACAACACUCCCAUCAAGUGCCACGACAUCUUUAAAGCCUCCACUGACCAGCAGAGCAGCAUCAGAGUCGUCCUGACCAACGGCGUCGCUGGAGUUGGAAAAACCUUCUCGGUGCAGAAGUUCACUCUGGACUGGGCAGAGGGUUUAGAGAACCAGGAUGUGGGUCUGCUGACUGUGCUUUCGUUCAGGGAGCUGAACCUGGUGAAGGACCAGCAGCACAGUCUUCUCACGCUGCUCCAUGUUUUCCAUCCAGCGUUACAGAAGCUCACGGCAGAGACGCUCACUGUCUAUAAACCUUUGUUCAUCUUUGACGGCCUGGAUGAAAGUCGACUUUCUCUGGACUUCAACGACAGGAAGCUUGUGUCUGAGGUCACACAGAGGUCAUCAGUCAACGUGCUGCUGACAAACCUCAUCCGGGGGAAUCUGCUUCCCUCAGCUCUCGUCUGGAUAACCUCCAGACCUGCGGCGGCCAAUCAGAUUCCUCUGGCAUGUGUUGACAGGGUCACAGAAGUACGAGGCUUCACUGACGCCCAGAAGGAGGAGUACUUCAGGAGGACAUUCAGUGAUGAAGAGCUGUGCAGCAGAAUCAUCUCACACAUCAAGACGUCCAGGAGCCUCCACAUCAUGUGUCAAAUCCCAGUCUUCUGCUGGAUCAGUGCUACAGUUCUGGAGCACAUGUUGACCACAGACCAGAGAGGAGAGGUGCCCAAGACCCUGACUGACCUGUACUCACACUUCCUGCUGGUUCAGACAAAGAGGAAGAACAACAAGUACAGUGAGGGACAUGAGACGACUCCACAGCAGGAGCUGUCUCAACACAGGGUUGACAGGGACGUUCUCCUGAAGCUGGGGAGGCUGGCACUUAAAAAUCUGGAGGAAGGAAACAUCAUGUUCUACCAAGAAGACCUGGAGCGGUGUGGUCUUAAUGUCACAGAGGCCUCGGUGUACUCAGGAGUUUGUACUGAGAUCUUCAGAAGAGAGUGUGUGAUCUUCCAGAAAUCAGUCUACUGCUUUGUUCAUCUGAGCGUUCAGGAGUUUCUGGCUGCAGUCUACAUGUUCCACUGUUACACCAAGAGGAACACAGAAGAACUCAACAACUUCUUGGGAACAUAUGGGAACACAAACAGUACUCUUUCCCUUGAUGACCUCCUGAACAGAACCAUGGAGAAAUCCCUCACCAGUAAAAAUGGCCAUCUGGACCUGUUUGUUCGCUUCUUUCACGGCCUCAGUCUGAAGACCAACAGGAGAGUCUUAGGAGGCCUGCUGGGUCGGACAGGGAACAAUCCAAAGAUCAUCCAGAGAGUCUUAGGAGGCCUGCUGGCUCGGACAGGGAACACUUCAAAGAUCAUCCAGAGAAUCAUCAACAACCUGAAGGAGAUGAAGAGUGAUGACAUUUCUCCUGACAGAAGCAUCAACAUCUUCCACUGUCUGACUGAGAUGAACGACCACUCAGUUCAUCAGCAGAUGCAACAGUUCCUAACGUCAGAGAACAGAUCGAAGGAGAAACUCUCUGAGAUCCACUGCUCAGCUCUGGCCUACAUGCUGCAGAUGUCAGAGGAGGUUCUGGAUGAAUUGGACCUGAAGAAGUUCAACACAUCAGACCAGGGUCGACGGAGACUGAUCCCAGCUGUGAGGAACUGCAGGAAGGCUCGACUCUGUGGUUGUCAACUAUCAGAGACUCACUGUGAAGUUGUGGCCUCAGCUCUGAAGUCAGACCCCUCACAUCUGAAAGAACUGGAUCUGACUAACAACAACCUGAAGGAUUCAGGAGUGAAGCUGCUGUGUUCUGGACUGGAGAGUCCAAACUGUGGCCUGGAGACUCUGAGGUUGUGGAGCUGCAGCCUGUCAGAGAUCAGCUGUAUUUCUCUGGCUUCAGCUCUGAGGUCAAACCCCUCUCAUCUGAGAGAACUGGAUCUGAGUAGAAACAAUAACCUGCAGGACUCAGGAGUGAAGGAGCUGUGUAUUUUUCUACAGAGUCCAACAUGUCGACUGAAGGCUCUGAGGUUGGGGGGCUGCAGACUGUCAGAGAUCAGCUUUUCUUCUCUGGUUUCAGCUCUGAGGUCAAACCCCUCUCAUCUGAGAGAACUUGAUCUGAGUAACAACGACCUGCAGGACUCAGGAGUGAAGGAGCUGUGUGGUUUUCUACAGAGUUCAACCUGUGGACUGGAGACUCUUAGGUUGGAUCAUUGCAGACUGUCAAAGAUCAGCUGUUCUUAUCUGGCUUCAGCUCUGAGGUCAAACCCCUGUCAUCUGAAAAAACUGGAUCUGAGCUACAACUACAAGCUGCAGGACUCAGGAGUGAAGGAGCUGUGUGGUUUUCUACAGAGUCCAACCUGUCGACUGGAGACUCUGAGGUUGCAGAGCUGCAGACUGUCAGAGAUCACCUGUUCUUCUCUGGCUUCAGCUCUGAGGUCAAACCCAUCUCAUCUGAGAGAACUGGAGCUGACUGGUGACAACGACCUGAAGGACUCAGCAGUGAAGGAGCUGUGUGGUUUUCUACAGAGUCCAACCUGUAGACUGGAGACUCUGAAGUUGGAUCAUUGCAGACUGUCAGAGAUCAGCUGUUCUUAUCUGGCUUCAGCUCUGAGGUCAAACCCCUAUCAUCUGAAAAAACUGGAUCUGAGCUACAACUACAAGCUGCAGGACUCAGGAGUGAAGGAGCUGUGUCAUUUUCUACAGAGUCCAACCUGUCGACUGGAGACUCUGAGGUUGCAGAGCUGCAGACUGUCAGAGAUCAGCUGUUCUUCUCUGGCUUCAGCUCUGAGGUCAAACCCAUCUCAUCUGAGAGAACUUGACCUGAGUGGUAACAAGAACCUACAGGACUCAGCAGUGGAGGAGCUGUGUGGUUUUCUACAGAGUCCAACCUGUCGACUGAAGACUCUGAGGUUGCAGAGCUGCAGACUGUCAGAGAUCAGCUGUUCUUCUCUGGCUUCAGCUCUGAGGUCAAACCCCUCUCAUCUGAGAGAACUGGAUCUGAGUAACAACGACCUGCAGGACUCAGGAGUGAAGGAGCUGUGUGGUUUUUUACAAAGUCCAACCUGUAGACUGGAGACUCUGAAGUUGGAUCACUGCAUUCUGUCAAAGAUCAGCUGUUCUACUCUGGCUUCAGCUCUGAGGUCAAACCCCUCUCAUCUGAGAAAACUGGAUCUGAGUAGAAACAUCAACCUGCAGGACAAAGGAGUGAAGAAGCUGUGUGGUUUUCUACAGAGUCCAACCUGUCGACUGGAGACUCUCAGGUUGGAGGGCUGCAGACUGUCAGAGAUCAGCUGUUCUUCUCUGGCUUCAGCUCUGAGGUCAAACUCCUCUCAUCUGAGAGAACUGGAUCUGAGUUACAACGACCUGCCACACUUAGUAGUGAAGGAGCUGUGUGAUUUUCUACAGACUCAAACCUGUCCACUGGAGACUCUGAGGUUGGAUCACUGCAGACUGUCAGAGAUCAGCUGUUCUUAUGUGGCUUCAGCUCUGAGGUCAAACCCCUCUCAUCUGAAAAAACUGGAUCUGAGUUACAACUACAAGCUGCAGGACUCAGGAGUGAAGGAGCUGUGUGGUUUUCUACAGAGUCCAACCUGUCGACUGGAGACUCUGAGGUUGAAGAACUGCAGUCUGUCAAAGAUCAGCUGUUCUUCUCUGGCUUCAGCUCUGAGGUCAAACCCCUCUCAUCUGAGAGAACUGGAUCUGACUAACAACAGGUUGCAGGACUCAGGAGGGAAGGAGCUGUCUGGUUUUCUACAGAGUCCAACCUGUCGACUGGAGACUCUGAGGUUGAUAUACUGCAGACUGACACAGAUCAGCUGUUCUUCUCUGGCUUCAGCUCUGAGGUCAAACCCCUCUCAUCUGAGAGAACUGGAUCUGACUAACAACAACCUGCAGGACUCAGGAGUGAAGGAGCUGUGUGGUUUUCUACAGAGUCCAACCUGUCAACUUGAGGCUCUAAGGUUGGACAGCUGCAGACUGUCUGUGAUCAGCUGUUCUUCUCUUGCUUCAGCUCUGAGUUCAAACCCCUCUCAUCUGAGAGAACUGGAUCUGAGUAGAAACAACAAGCUGCAGGACUCAGGAUCGAAGGAGCUCUGUGGUUUUCUACAGAGUCCAACAUGUCGAGUGGAGACUCUGAGGUUGUAUCACUGCAGACUGUCCGAGAUCAGCUGUUCAUCUCUGGCUUCAGCUCUGAGGUCCAACCCCUCUCAUCUGAGAGAAUUGGAUCUGAGUAGCAACGGGCUGCUGGAUUCAGAAGUGAAGGAGCUUCUUGAUCUAAAGCAGAGUCCAACCUGUCGACUGGAGACUCUGAGGUUGUGGGAAUGCAGUCUGUCAGCGAUCAGCUGUUCUUCUCUGGCUUCAGCUCUGAGGUCAAACCCCUCUCAUCUGAGAGAACUGGAUCUGACACUAAAUGACCUGCAGGACUCAGGAGUGAAGGAGCUGUGUUGUUUUCUACAGAUUUCAACCUGUCGACUGGAGACUCUGAGGUUGGAGGACUGCAGUCUGUCAGAGAUCAACUGUUCUUCUCUGGCUUCAGCUCUGAGGUCAAACCCCUCUCAUCUGAGAGAACUGGAUCUGAGUGACAACGACCUGCAGGACUCAGCAGUGAAGGAGCUGUGUGGUUUUCUACAGAGUCCAGCCUGUCAACUGGAGAAUAUGUGGUUGGUGAGCUGCAGUCUGUCAGAGAUCAGCUGUUCUUCUCUGGCUUCAGCUCUGAGGUCAAACCCCUCUCAUCUGAGAGAACUGGAUCUGAGAGACAACGACCUGCAGGACUCAGGAGUGAAGGAGCUGUGUGGUUUUCUACAGAGUUCAACCUGUCGCCUGGAGUUUCUGGGGUUGGAGGGCUGCAGUCUGUCAGAGGUCAGCUGUUCUUCUCUGGCUUCAGCUCUGAGGUCAAACCCCUCUCAUCUGAGAGAUCUCAAUCUGACUGAAAACAACCUGAAGGACUCAGGAGUGAAGGAGCUGUGUGGUUUUCUACAGAGUCCAACCUGUCGACUGGAGACUCUGUGGGUGAGGGGCUGCAGUCUGUCAGAGAUCAGCUGUUCUUCUCUGGCUUCAGCACUGAGGUCAAACCCCUCUCAUUUGAGAGAACUGGAUCUGAGUUACAACAACAACCUGCAGGACUCAGGAGUAAAGGAGCUAUGUGGUUUUCUACAGAGUCCAACCUGUCGACUUGACACUCUGAGGUUGAUUCACUGCAGACUGUCAGAGAUCAGAUGUUCUUCUCUGGCUUCAGCUCUGAUGUCAAACCCCUCUCAUCUGAGAGAACUGGAUCUGAGCUGUAACAUAAACCUGCAGGACUCAGGAGUGAAGGAGCUGUGUGGUUUUCUACAGAGUCCAACCUGUCGACUGGAGACUCUGGAGUUGGAUCACUGCAGUCUGUCAGAGAUCAGCUGUUCUUCUCUGGCGUCAGCUCUGAGAUCAAACCCCUCUCAUCUGAGAGAACUGGAGCUGAGAGGAAACGACCUGCAGGACUCAGCAGUGAAGGAGCUGCUUGAUCUAAAGCAGAGUUCAGGCUGCCGACUGGAGACGUUUAGGUGGGAGGGAACUUUGUUUGAAGAGUGAAGAGGACAGUGUGUGUGGACGGAGGCUGAGCUGUGUCCUGAGGAUCCAGAGGCUGACGCAGCAGCUUGCGUGUAGAGCGGCUCUGACUGGGCCUUGUUGCUGGGAGGCAGAGAGGAGACAGAGCUCCAGAGGAAUCAGAGGAGCUGCUCUGAGAUCAGCUGUCACACAGUGUCCAGUCCACCAUCCUCCCUGUGUGUCCCUGUGGAUGUGACACAGCAUCAUCACCGGACUCUGCUGCUGCUCUGUCCUUUGACUCAGUGUCUGCAGACACACUCACGCUCCUCCACCUCCUCCACUCUUUUUUUCACUCACAUAAUCUGAACACAAACUCACUCAGCAGAUUAUUUCUGUUCAUGACGACAUGACUGCAGAUCAACACUUUUCUAAUUCUGUAUUGAAGUCAUCUAAAACCUCUGGAGUCUGUACCUGAUUUGUCUCGUUUGUUUUUGGGUCCAAUGUGGUGAAAAGUGUAUUUACUGAAAUAAAAAAGACACCAAACAUCAGCAAGGUGAAACUAAAUUUAACAUAGCAUUUAAGACUAGCCGCAGUAGCCAAGGACUCUUAAGGGUUCAGGCACGUUUAUAUUAUAUCGUAGAAAUAGUUACUAUGAAGUUAACUCAGACGUCUGAAUCAGAAAACACCUUUCUGAUUUAUUCAAACAGGAAGAAUGAGGUGAGAGGAAAUGAGAAAUCGUUUUAAUUAUAAGGGAAUAAUUGAAGAAACUUCAUGAUAAUUAAGAUCUUUGUAGAGACUUGGUGUAAAAAAUAUAGUGUAACGGACUGGGUUUAUGUUUAUGCUUAUGUUGGUGUAUGACGUAUGUUCAGUAAAACACAGUGUUGAAGGAGUGUUUAGAUAUCCUGAGGGUCAGUGAAGGAGUCGGGGUGGGACAUGUGACCAAUAGGUUGGGGUUG